AUGGGGCUACUCACUAUCAUCAAGAAGCAGAAGGAAAAAGAUCAUGAAAUUCGUAUUCUUAUGCUUGGACUUGACAAUGCUGGCAAGACUACAAUCGUGACAUCAGUUCUUGGAUUACCAAUCUCGAAGGUGUCACCAACUAUGGGGUUUGAGAUCAAGACAGUAAAUCACGGAGGAUACAAUUUGAAUAUAUGGGAUAUAGGUGGCCAGACCACACUCCGUGGAUUUUGGGGAAAUUACUUUGAUAAGACUGAUGUAGUACUAUGGGUGAUAGACUGUCUAAGUAUGGAGAGGCUUGAUGAGUCUUUCGCAGAGCUAAGGCAAAAAGUGAUUGAACAAGAUAGAUUAGUCGGAUUGAAGUUGUUAAUAUUAAUAAACAAGGUCGACUUGUACGAGGGAGGGAUUAGUGAAUUGGUGUUACAGAUUACCGCGAUAUUGCAGUUGAAUGAGUAUGUACCAGAUAGGUCCAGCUGGGAGAUAUUUCCUGUUAGUGGGAAGUCUGGGUUUGGCAUAGAAAAGGUUCUUGACUGGAUAGUAGAGAAUGAGCGUAACGAGUGA